GCUUGGCCUCAGGAACCACACUAACUAGUGAGCGGGUACGCAAUGCAACAUGUAGAUCAAUUUGAUACGGGAUACAGAAGUCACCGUGCUUUUGUCCGGGUUUUGGUGGAUCAAUGAGAGGCAAACAAAAACAACAGCCACGUAUGAAGACAUCGUCAUCUCAGCAUAGAAAUUUGUCUCUUUACCUCCUCUUCGUCGCCAAUAGCCUGUCUUUCUACCUCAACCAUCUUAGAUCAGCCGCUGUUGAUAUUGGAGGUACGAAGGCAGGAUACUCUUGGCAUCACAUCGCACAGCUUAUCAUACAACCCAUCGACGACGCGCCAGGAUAUGUCUCCCGCAUCAUCAAUCCACGACCCGGGCGAAAGCCAGCCGCUUCUCUCAAGGCAUCGACGACGCACCGGCACAUUUCAACUUCCAUCGUUCAGUGGCCAGCGGCUCGUGUCGCCUCUAUCCAUGCGACGUGCCUCGCUGCAGGAAGUUCACCCACACCACGAAGACGUUGAACCGGUGCUGCCGGCCGCACCAGUCGCCGCUCAUCAAGAGACCCGCCUACACAAGCCGCAAUGGGCGCUUAGUGACAGGCCACCAAAUACCUGGGCACAAAUUCGUCAUUACUGGCGUGAGGAGUUUGCUGAAUUCUGGGGUACCUUUAUGAUCUUGCUCUUCGGAGCAGGUGUCGAAUGUGAGACUCGUCUGAAUUACCAGUCAGCCGACAUCCGCGAGAAUGCCGGUGACUUCUUGCAGUGCCGUCUCGCCUGGGCAGCCGGCGUCGCUAUGGCCGUAUGGAUGUCCGGCGGCGUAUCAGGUGGACACUGCAACCCAACCGUGACAAUCGUCUUGGCUCUCUUCCGCGGUUUCCCCUGGCGCAAGGUGCCCAGCUUCUUGGCCGCGCAGGUUUUGGGUGCCACUCUCGCCAGUCUUGCUGUCUACCUGAACUACUCCACCAGCAUCGCGGCAUACGAGGGCGGCACUGCCCGUACUCUGGUUGGCGAGCACGCUACUGCAGGCCUCUUUUUUACCUUCCCUAAGUCUGGACUUCCUCAUGCCGGCGCUUUUUACACCGAGUUCCUUGCCUCAGCCGCGCUGGUGGCCAUCGUGUUUGCCCUGGCUGACAAGAACAACCUUUCGCCUCCCAAGGGUACGCAACCCUUCGCCAUGUUCUUGGCUCUGUUGGCCAUCGGCUCCGCGUUGGGCAUCAACACUGGGUAUGCGAUGAACGGUGCUAGAGAUACCGGCCCGCGUAUCGCGUUGGCGAUCGUUGGCUACGGCUCAGAUGUGUUCACUCAUGACUCUUAUUACUGGCUGUGGGCGCCAUGGGCUGCUGCUAUCGUCGGCGGUAUCGCUGGCGCCUGCGUGUAUGAUGGCUUCAUCUACACUGGGCGUGACUCUCCGUUCAACAUCCCGAGGAAGGAAGAUGACUGAACCGCGCUGUGUCGGAGGUUUACAUUGAUCCUAGGAUCUUAGAGCGAAGUCGGUAAUUCAAGGUUGCGUGGGAAGUCUCGACAGGUUACGAAUUAUUAUAAAGACGUACGGAGACGAAGUUGUAGCAGGUUGUGAUACUUGAGAUAGGCGUAAAUAAUGACGAGUUUCACAUCCAUGUUGCAUCAGAAGACUAGGUACUUAGUGAACAAUGUAGAUACUUGACCUUACUUAGGAAUAUAUGUCUGAACCCAGGCCCACGAUCAAAUAGCCUCUCCAACUUCACCCAAGUGGUACGGAACAUUCGGCUUCUUACGAGCAGUAGGCGAAACUAGUCCGUGGGGAUUUCAUCUAAUAUAUUAUAUGG